CCACGUCUUACGUCAACUCAAAAUCGAAGUAGAUUUCUCCUCCAGGCGUACACUCUUUAUUUUCUGCAUUGCAAUAAACAUUUUGUACAUACAUUCUUUACCAUGGUAUGUUUGAAACCACGGGAGCUUGCCGCUGUAACGGAAUAUCCUUAAGGAGUACCUCGUAUGGGAUCGAGAAUCUACGCUUCUUUCAGCUAAGCUAACCUUAUUGCAUCUAUUAGCAAAACUUGCUAGCUAAGAAGCUAGCGCUAGCAUUCCUGCUAGCAGCCCCUACCCUACCGUCGAGCUAGCUAUGCAUUAGCACUUUAGCCUAGCUCGCUAACCAGUGACAACUGACAAAGGGCACGGAUGAUGUGAUCCUGAACAUGCCAGAGUGAAAAAAAAAGCUUUUCCUGCUUGUUUCAUUACCAGCUAGAAUUGUUACGCUCUUUCAGCCUCACUUCACAAGACAUCUUCCCAGUAAUCCACACGGCAUCCCUGUCUGCAGUUCCUUCUGCACCUGAACCAUGUGAGGGCCCCUCGGUCCAGUCUGAGGGGAUCCCAGGACUGUUGCAAAUACGACCCCGCUGUGCGGGGUGAGACUGAUCCUGUCUGUGUCUGAGAAAGCAGUCUUUCCAGUAGCCCCCUCCCCAUCCACACAUUCCUGUUCUCCUUACUGAGGAGACACGCCAUGAUGUUCCGAGACCAGGUAGGUAUCCUCACAGAUUGGUUCAAGGGCUGGAAUGAGUGUGAACAGACGGUGGCACUGUUGUCCCUCCUGAAGAGGGUGUCCCGCACCCAGGCUCGCUUCUUACACAUCUGCCUUGAACACUGGCUGGCAGACUGCACAGAGAUCCACAUACUAGAAGCUGAGGCCAACAAUGCAGCAAUUGUCAGCCAGUGGCAUCAGGAGCCAAAGGAGAAGGUUGUGUCCUUGCUGCUGUCCCAUCUGCCUCUGCUGCAGCCACGCAACAGCGAGGCCAAAUGUGAGUACAUGAAGCUGCUUCAGAAGGUGUUGAGUCACACCAUUGAGAGUAGCCUGUUUGUGGAAGAAAGCAGACAGCUGCUGUCCUACGCGCUCAUCCACCCUGCCACCACACUGGAUGACCGCACCUCUCUGGCCAUGUGGCUAAACCACCUGGAGGAACACCUAUCUAGUGGCUAUGCACCCCGGGCCCCACCUAGCCCUUACCACCCGCGCCAGGGCUCAGAUGAAUGGCCAAGCUCUGCUGAGGCUCUGGAACCUGGCCACGCCUGGCACGACAAGUCCCCUUCAUCCAGUACGUCUCCAGCAGGCCAGAACGGACACAUGCCUUUCCCAGGCGGGAUGUCAUCUCCCAUCAACAGCAAUAACACAGGUAUGGGUGGGCAGAUGCAGCCCAGCCCUCUGAAGAAGUCCAUGUCCGUUAUUCCUUCCAGUCCCCAGGCUUGUGGCUCUGAGUGGGUUAGCCAGGAUGAUGCAGGGGGGCGGCAGAACUUCAUUUCAACAGACCACGCACCCCUUUCACCCCAGAGCAGCGUAGCCUCCUCAGGCAGUGAGCAGACAGAAGAACAGGGCUCCAGUCGCAACACGUUCCAGGAGGAUGGCAGUGGCAUGAAAGAUGUUCCUGCGUGGUUGAAGAGUCUCCGCCUUCAUAAAUAUGCAUCACUGUUCUCCCAGAUGACCUAUGAAGAGAUGAUGAUUCUAACAGAGCAGCACCUGGAGUCACAGAAUGUCACUAAAGGAGCACGACAUAAGAUCGCCUUGAGUAUCCAGAAACUGCGAGAGAGGCAGAGUGUGCUCAAGUCUUUAGAAAAGGAUAUUUUGGAAGGGGGAAAUCUGCGUAACGCCCUCCAAGAGCUGCAACAGAUCAUCAUCACACCCAUCAAGGCCUACAGCCCACCUUGUGCAGCACAUACAGCUCCGGAUACAGCCACCUCCCCAGACACAGCCACCUCCCCUUCAGAAGCCACAAAAACAGGAGCAGACAAAGAGCCGGCCUCAGAGGGCUUCCAGUCCCACAACCCGCCUCCCUGUGACGCAGACUCCCCAGCCACACCUAUCUCAGACGGCGACAUUGCUGGACAGUUCACCCGUGUCAUGGGUAAAGUGUGUACCCAGCUGCUAGUGUCAAGGCCAGAUGAGGAGAAUAUCAGCUGUUACCUCCAGCUCAUAGAGAAGUGUCUGACACAUGAGGCUUUCUCAGAAACUCACAAGAAAAGGCUGGUCUCCUGGAAGCAGCAGGUCCUCAAACUGCUCCGCCUGUUCCCUCGGAAAGCUAUGCUGGACAUGCCUGUGUACCGACAGAAAGGCUGGACCUAUGGGUCCAACUCCCUCCCCACAGCGGGCUCUGUGAGUGGAGUUGUAGCGCGGCGGGGCCAAAGGCAGUUCCAGAUGACCCCUCGUGGACUCCCAGCCCGGCCCCUUGGUCUUCUCAGUCCCAGUGGGAUUGGGGGAGCAUCUCCACGUCACACACUCACUAGUCCUGCGCUGCCAGGCCAGGGUAGACAAAACCUGUGGUUUGCCAACCCUGGGGGCAGUAACAGCAUGCCAAGUCAGAGUCGCAGCUCUGUGCAGCGGACCCACUCACUCCCUGUCCACACUUCCCCACAAACCAUGCUCAUGUUCCAGCAGCAAGAAUGCCAAGUUCCAGGUGCAGACCUGGAGAUCAACCCCACGCUGGAGUCACUGUGCCUCAGUAUGACAGAGCAUGCCUUAGGGGAUGGAACAGACCGGACAUCAACAAUAUGAAAAGAAGAAAGGAAAAAUACACUUCAGUCGAGGCCUGUUAAGUUCCUCAUCACCCAGCACAAAGAUAUACGUAUGCUUAAGAAAACCAGGCAAAGCAGUCACUACAAAAUGACAAAAAAACUGUGUAUAUGUUCUCUAAUAUUUUUGUACUUUAUUAUAUACAACUAAGUUUAUUAAAAAUGGAAUACAGAUGAUUAUUAUAUUGCAGGACAGAGGAAAAAAAAAAAGCAAACUGCUCCAUGUCACCUGCAGGACUGUGACAUGAUGUGCAGAGGCUCAGUUUGCCGUGGUCUGAGAGAAAAACGGUGGAUUGGUGCUGUCUUAAAGGGGUUCUGCCCUAUGAGUUACUCUUCUUUUCCUCCUGUCUUGGAGCAAGGCUUCCUUCCAGAACACACAGCCCUGACAGCCACAGCCCCUGCACCACAUAAUGUGUAGAUUCUGAGAAGUCCCAGCCAGAAGUAAGGCACUUUUAUUAAAUGAUCUCUGAUAUUAGCCACCAAACUGUAAGUGGCCCUAGGAUAUUUUCACCAAGGUUCCACUUGUAGACAAGUGGUGAUAUACAGAUACCAAUACAGACCCUAGCCACCCUAACUGUUCUGUAACCAGUGCUAGUGAGGGCUUGUGUUGGUUGAAACUUAGGUCACUUUCCUUGGUUCUUUUUAUCUUGUCUAGAGAACAUGUUUUUUCGUGGCAAAGGCAGGAAAGGGAGGAAAAAGGUUCGAGGAAAAGUUUGUAAUUCAACUGUAGACACACCUUUUGUCUUGGUUGUUUACCCUAAACACAUAAUCAAAGUAGAAGUGACUCUCCUCCUCUAAACAUCUACAAAGCCAAAGAGAAGGGUUGUGCGAUUGUUAAUUUGAGAAGGAUAUUUGUAGUGAAAUGCAACAGAAUGGUAUAAUUUUUUUUAAAAAAAGAACAGCAGUUCUAAGAAUUUAUGCCAGCUGCAAUUUGUCUGUUAUUUUAUGCCCUACUACAUAAAUGAUGAUGAAUCUCAUUUUGUGCCGAGGAAUCCCCAGAGGGGUGAAUAAGGGCUGGUGGGGUUUGUACUUUGCAAAAGCUGAUUUGAUAUUGAAUUGAUAAAAGCGAGGAGGGUAGAGUGUUUUCAAUUUACACUCUAAUGCUGGGUGAGAAAACUAAAUGAAACCCAUCUCAACCCUCUGGCCCCCUUAUGAUUGGCUCUGGAAAAUGAAUCUUGAUCUUGUAAUAAAUGCUCCGGAGCGCAGCGCCUCACCCUCGCAGUGCCCUCUUCCUCAAACGGCCAAUGUGAUGAUUUGAUGAAUCAUACUUUUCAAGGUGCUUGACGAUGUCCAUAUUUUCUGUUUGUGUCUCAAUGUGUUUCAGUCUCAGAACCCUAACAUUAUCAUGUGGUAUCAGUGUUGAAUCAAAAACUGUCUUAUACAGCCUCUGUCUUUGAAUGUGGCAGAGCGGAGGUGCAUGUAUGUGUAAUAUGGUCUUAACUUUUGGAUCACUUUUGGUUGCAACAUAAGGCAGGGAUAACCAUUCACAUUUUAUUUCAGCAGAGCCAUAGGAGGUCUGUCUAGUAAAGAUGGUUAUUUACAAAUAUCUUUUCCAAUUGUAUUUUUUACUCUCCCUUGAUAUUGAUAACUUAUGCUUAUUUUCUAUAACCGCAUGUUUUGCCACACUAAUACAGCACUGUUGUAGAUAGAGGACAUGAUGGUUGAUGGUGCCCAGAGUCACCAACAGCUAGAGAGCAGAAAUCUUGCAACUAAUGUUGUAUGUUUAUAUCGCCUAAAUGUCACUGUUUACAUUUCUCUGGGAUAAUGCCCAAUUCAUGUUAUGUGAUGUCAUGAAUACUCCAUUGUCUCACUAUGUAACACAUUAAAGAACUGACGCCUUCUCACACAGAGCUGGCUGGGUAGAGCCUGAAAACAAAAGCCUUCUACCCCCCCCCUCCCACCCAAGUCCAUGAACUCCUUAUGAGUUUCAGUAGAUUUUCCAAGUGAUAACUGUAUGAGGCAUGUAACGCCUGCUUUUCUUGGUCAUGCAGUGACGAGAGAGAGAGAAUAGCUUUCCUGGCCUUGUGAUUGAACUGUUAGCUGUCAUGUCCUGAUGAACUGUUCGUGUGGUGCCUGAAAUGCACAGCUCCAGCAUCCUCAAUAUGGUGAUUUAAUGGUCUUGAGUAGUAUUCUAGUCAUGGAUUUCUUCAGAGCAGGCUCUUGGAUAGAUCUGACUUACUAAAAGCAUCACACUCAUGCCCGCAAAGGACUCCUGUGAGUUAACAAUGCUGACAACUUUAAGACUCUGCUAUCUUAUUUUUAACUAUUCACUAUACUGUAUAUCAAUUGUGUUAUGUUACAAAUGGCUCAGAUUAUCCUUUUCAUAGCCUCUGUAGCUUUGGACAGCCUGCAUAUUACUGCAAAUAGACACAGAGGUACAAUGCAGCAGAUUUCUGCAAGUGUCCGUGCAUAGUGAAGAGGCAGCAGGGGAUGACAAUGCUUAUCUGAGCCACAAAUGAUGUGAUUAUGAGUAAACUGAACACUAAUAACAGGCCAAGGAAUAUGUUUACUCCAUGUUUACAUUCCAGUGAUGCAUGAAAUGAGUUGGGAAAUGCACUUAAUAAGUUCAGCCUUGUGUAUUUUCAUAUACCAAGCAUCCACUAGGAGGUACAGAGCCUGUGUCAUAUGGAAACUUGUAUACCAAGUGGUCCCAGGAUCAUGUCAAUGUCCCUACCAGGCUUGAUUAUUAAAUUAAUGCAGCCAGCUGUAGGUUACAUUGCGUAUAUUUGUCUUGUACAAUUUAUAUUUAAUUCCGAUGACUCCCCCAGACAUUUUCUAAUAUUUUAUGAACCUUUUGCAUCCCAUGCUUACUCUACUUUUUUACUGUCAGUCGUGUGUGAAUGGUCUGAAGUGCAGCAUCCGUCGGAUCAUUGACAGUCCAAAUAAAGAGGUUCAGUUCUUUUGCAACUUCA